UGGGGCCUUCAGRCAGCUGCUCCUCAGGGGUGGGAUGGAGCAGUAGGGAGGAGCUCCCCCUUUUUUGCYGCUCUCGUCAAGCCUUUGUCAGCCCCUGACCCUGCCAGCAGGGAACCACGGCCAUGCUGACCCUUCCUCUCUCCACAGUCAGGCAAGGCUCUAGCCCAAGAGAKCAGGAGGGACCUGUGUGUAUUCCCCAUGGAGAUUCGACGCUCUCUGCCGCAGGAUAUCUGGGAGCUGCUGCACUGCUUGAAGAUGAGRAGCAAGUAUGCCAUCCUGCUGGUCUUCGUCAUAAGCCUUGUCAUCAUCGAGAAGGAGAACAACUUCAUCUCCAGGGUGUCGGACAAGCUGAAGCAGUCCCCGCAGGCGCUGGCAGAGGCCAACGGCACGGAGGGGAGCCCAGCACCGGCCGAGAACGGCUCACUGGCCUCGCUGCAGGAGCUGGAUGCUGCCUUCUCCCAGCUGAGAUCCCACCUGUACAACAUCACCCUGCAGCUGGCAGGGGAUGGGGACCCCGGGCCGCGGCGGCACGUCCUGCUGAUGGCCACCACCCGCACUGGCUCCUCCUUCGUCGGAGAGUUCUUCAACCAGCAAGGCAGCAUCUUCUACCUCUUCGARCCCCUCUGGCACGUCGAGAAGACUGUGACCUUCCUGCCGGGGGGAGCCAGCGCUGUGGGCUCGGCCCUGGUUUACCGGGAUGUCCUCAAGCAGCUCCUCCUCUGCGACCUCUACAUCUUGGAGAACUUCAUCUCGCCGGCRCCCGAGGGCCACCUGACGCCCUUCUUGUUUCGCCGGGGCUCCAGCCGCUCGCUCUGUGAGGAGCCCGUCUGCACGCCCAGCGCCAAGAAGGUCUUUGAGAAGUACUACUGCAAGACCCGCCGCUGCGGCCCCCUCAACAUCACGCUGGCGGCCGAGGCCUGCAGGCGCAAGCAGCACGURGCCCUGAAGACGGUGCGCAUCCGGCAGCUGGAGUUCCUGCAGCCGCUGGUGGAGGAUCCCCGGCUGGACCUGCGCAUCAUCCAGCUGGUGCGGGACCCCCGGGCGGUCCUGGCCUCGCGCAUGGUGGCCUUCUCGGGCAAGUACGAGACCUGGAAGAAGUGGGCGUCCGAAGGGGAAGCUCCCCUGCGCGAGGAGGAGGUGCAGCGGCUGCGGGGSAACUGCGAGAGCAUCCGUGUGUCGGCGGAGCUGGGGCUGCGGCGGCCGGGCUGGCUGCGGGGCCGCUACAUGCUGGUGCGCUACGAGGACGUGGCGCGGGCGCCGCUGCAGAAGGCGCGGGAGAUGUACCGCUUCGCCGGGCUGCCCCUCACCCCGCAGGUGGAGGAGUGGAUCGGCAAAAACACACAGGCGCCCCACGACGGCAACGGUGUCUACUCCACCUGCAAGAACUCCUCGGAGCAGUUCGACAAGUGGCGGUUCAGCAUGCCCUUCAAGCUGGCGCAGGUGGUGCAGGACGCCUGCGCCCCGGCCAUGCGGCUCUUCGGCUACAARCUGGCCGGCAGCCCCGCGGCACUGGCCAACCGCUCCUUCAGCCUGCUGGAGGAGGCACAGCCCGCCUGGGUCACGUAACGGCGUGGGGGGACGGCGGCGGGGCAGAAUGAGGGGCUGCGGCCACGCUCCCGGCCGGCCCGGAGAUGACCUGAGGGUCCCUGCUCCCGAAAAUGCUCCUCGCUGCUGCCAGCUGGCAGCCCCAGGAGCUGGAGCACUGGGAGCUCCUGGCAGAGCUGGCCCAAGGGUCCUGCAGAGCCCAAAUUACACCAUUUCUCCAGGAAUGGAGGAAUGGCAAGGGUGAGGGGCAGUGGGAUCAGCACCAGGGCCACCUCCUCAGCUUGGGGGCUGCACUGAGGAAGAGGAGGGUGAGGGCAAGCAGAGGGGGACAGCACCAAGCACCUCUGGAUUGCCACCCCCUGAGCCAGCUGGGAUGGGGCAAGGACAAGAUCCCUGU